CCUUUGGCAUAAAGACAAUUUUGUCAUUUCCGCUUUCCGGGUUAUAAUUGUCAUUUGCCACUGGACCCCCCGCGACUUGGAGAACGCUUUCCAAGUCGAAAAGCGCCAUUACUCACCGGACUUAUGUAGAAGGGCCUCCAAUUAGAGCCGUAAAUUGCAGCAGUUUUGUCUACGGCAAACGCCAUGCACGCUCUAAUUCGCAAGUCCGCCGGCGCAGUUGCUUAUGUACGAGCCAACUCCCAGUUCAUCCACAUUUCAACAACAUCUACAGCCCCCUCAAUCAAACAAACUGGCCUCUACGGCUAUCAUCAUUUGAAAACUGCUAAAGGCUUUCAACGAUUCGUUGACGAUGCUAUUGACAGGUCAGAAGAACUUGUGAAGUACAUAGCUGGCAUGCCGUCAUCUCCUCAAAUUAUACGAGCAAUGGAUGAGAUUUCUGAUACUGUGUGCUCAGUAAUUGAUUCAGCUGAAUUGUGCAGACAUACUCAUCCAGACAGGGAGUUUGUUGAUGAAGCAAGCAAGGCAUCGUUAAGAGUAAAUGAGUUUUUACAUUACCUUAAUACAAACCAUUGUAUAUACAAGGCAGUGAUAAAAGCAGAAAAAGACAGCAAUUCACUCACACAUGAAGCGCAGAGGGCAGCGCGCUUUCUACGAAUGGACUUGGAGAAGGGUGGAAUCCAUCUUUGCUCUGAAAAACUGGAUCGAGCUAAUGAGCUUUCCAUUGACAUUAUUCAGUUGUGUAGAGAGUAUAAUGAAAAUAUUAUUGCUGACCCAGGCCAUGUGGAUAUAUUUCCAGCUUCUAAGAUCCCUAAAAAAUUGCACCACCUUGUCAGCCCUAUCUAUCGUAACCUGCCAGGUGCAUCUAAGGGAUCUUGGGGGUCAAGAGAUAGCGUCAAAGAAAAAGGAUUUCGCUUAGUAACUGAGUCAAGUACUCUGCAAGGCUUUCUUCAGUGUGCACCAGAUGCUGGGGUCAGGAAGGAGGCAUAUAUUCAAGGAAAUUCUGUUCCACAUGCAAAUCUUGAGGUUCUUGAUAAGCUUAUUGCAACUAGACACGAAUUUGCACAGCUUAUGGGGUAUAAAUCUUAUGCUGAAUUUGCUCUGCAUUCUACUAUGGCUGCAUCUCCUGAUGUGGUCAUGUCCUUUUUGCUUGAGAUGAGCAAAGUUGUCAGACCCAAGGCUGACCAAGAGUUUGAAGCGAUUCAGGAUUUCAAGAAAAAGAGCAGUGGUGAUCCCAGUGGAGAGUUGGAGCCAUGGGAUGAGGCAUACUUCACGUGGUUGAUGAAGUCCGCAGCAUACAAGUUGGACUCCUCGGUUAUAGGAUCAUAUUUUCCUUUACGACAGUGUAUUGAGGGUUUGAAGGUUUUGGUUGAGUCGCUAUUUGGUGUGACCUUUCAUGGAGUACCCCUUGGACUUGGUGAAUCAUGGCAUCCUGAUGUGAUGAAGAUAGUGCUACAUCAUCCUACUGAGGGAGACCUGGGGUACUUAUACCUCGAUUUGAAAUCAAGGAAAGGUAAACAUCCCAUUUGUGCUCAUUUUGCUAUCCGAGGAGGGCGUCGAGUUUCUGAGACCGAAUACCAACUUCCUGUUGUAGCACUUGUUUGCAAUUUCUCUGGGUCAAGUUUGGCUCCUGUGAGGCUUAACCACUCUGAAGUAGAAACGCUUUUCCAUGAGUUUGGGCAUGCUCUACAUUCAUUGCUUUCAAGAACGGAAUACCAACACUUCUCUGGUACGAGGGUGGUUCUUGAUUUUGCUGAAACGCCUUCGAACCUAUUUGAGUCCUAUGCCUGGGAUUAUCGGGUGUUAAAGACAUUUGCUAAACACUACUCAACUGGUGAUAUCAUUCCCAAAGAACUUGUAGAAUCACUGGUGGGAGCUAAAAAGAUGUUUGCCGCAACUGAAUUGCAACGGCAGAUAUUCUAUGCACUAGUUGACCAAACACUCUUUGGAGAGCAGCCAGCCACGGGGAGAGAUACAAUAGCAAUUGUUGCAGAUUUAAAAAGACAACAUACAAGUUGGACGCAUGUGGAUGGAACACAUUGGCAUACCCGAUUCAGUCACCUUACAAACUAUGGCGCAGGCUAUUACAGCUACUUGUAUGCGAAAUGCUUUGCCACGACUACCUGGCAAAGGAUGUGCCAUGAGAAUCCUUUAUCAUUGGAUACUGGUUUGGCUUUAAGAACAAAAUUCUUGCAGCAUGGAGGAGCCAAAGAUCCAGCUGAUAUAUUGAAUGAUCUUGUUGGGAGUGGCAUUGUAAGGAGUUGCAAUGGGGGAAUAAUACCAGACAUUACAAGCCUUUGCAAGGAAAUGAAACUCUUAUAACCCCCGUAUUGAGAAAACGUUCCCUCCCCUGCACUAAACCAUUUAACCAUGGCGAGGCGAACUAGCUGUGCAUGCAGAUAGUGGACCGCCAUUGAAAAAUUGGAGUUAAUUUAAAAAGAGAGGUUUCCCAUCGUAAUAACAACUAAAUAGGCUGAUCCGAAGAGAUUUCAGCACGGUCAAAGUAAUUUCAAGCAUGUCAUUCUAUAAGUUGGCGUUCCGAGGAAACAUAUCUUGGCCAGACCAUUUAUUAAGCAAUUCUUCUAAUUAUGGUUGGCUUAAUGUGGAUAGUGUUUGUAUAUUUCCAAUCUAACAGGAGACAUACUGAUGCUAAGAGAUAUCAAUGUGCGAUAUGAAUUUUGACUGCGGAAAGAUUGUUUGGUUUAUGGCAAAGUUACCUCGAACAUUCCCAGCA